CCGCUGGGGAUGGAGGCGCAGGAGCCGCUGCGCUUCUCGGAGGAGCAGUUCCGUGCCGCCUGCCGGGAGCUGGACCAGCCGGCGCCGGGCGCGGAGGGGCCGUGGCAGAUGCUGGUGGAGACCAUGGGCGUGCGGAUCUACCGCCUGUUCCACGAGCAAUCAGGACUUUAUGAGUAUAAAAUCUUUGGUGGUCUUGCUGACUGUCCCCCAGAACUGUGUGCAGAUGUCUACAUGGACUUAGACUUCAGAAAACAGUGGGAUCAGUAUGUUAAAGAACUGUAUGAGGAAACAUAUGAUGGCGAAAAAGUAAUCUACUGGGAAGUGAAGUACCCUUUCCCUCUGUCAAACAGAGAUUAUGUCUACGUUCGGGAACGUCGGGAGAUGGAUGUGGAUGGGAGGAAGAUCUGGGUUGUGUUGGCUCAAAGUGUGUCUGUUCCUCAGUGCCCUGAAAAGCCCGGUAUUAUCAGAGUUAAAAGCUAUAAACAAAGCAUGGCAAUUGAAAGUGAUGGCAAGGCUGGAUCUAAAGUCUACAUGUACUACUUUGAUAAUCCUGGUGGCAUGAUCCCAUCGUGGCUGGUCAACUGGGCUGCCAAGAGUGGUGUGCCUGCUUUCUUGAAGGAUAUACAAAAAGCUUGCCUUAAUUAUUCUAAGAGAACAUAGCUCAAAAUUGAUCUUAAUUCUUCAGUUCCAAGAGCUCUGCACUUACAGGAGUGGCUGUUAUAUCUUACACUGGAUAAAAUCUACCUCUAAUAUUGGAAAGAAUUUUAUUUUAGUUGGGUUAUGCCUUGAGCUGUAUUAGAUUCUUUUUCCAUCUCCAGCUGAGGAGCUGGGCACUGACGAGGUAACACCACCAUCAGC